AUGAGUGCAGCAAGCACCCCGAUCUACUUGCCGCCGAGACGCCUUGCCGCCGCCGCGCGCUGGGGAAUCACGCGCGACAUUUGCGAACGGGCGCAGCAGGAGCUCGACCAGCUGGGACACAACUGUUUGCCGAUUGUGUUGGGCGACUACAGCUGCGCGGUCGGCAUCCGCGCGGGCGUUACAGAGCGCAUCUACAUCAGGGAGAUCGGCGCAGUUGGCGUCUCAGAGCCCGCGCCCGAGAAUCACGCCGGCCAGAUCGCGACGGAUUUCUUGGAAGGCAAUUCCCUCGCGAUGGCGGACACGCCCUGGCGAACAAUACCCACGUACUACAAGGGCGCGCGCCAGAACAAUAUAGAUCACAUCGCGUCACCUGUCGCAGCGAAGGACCGCCGUCGACGAUUUCAGCCACUUUUUGGCCUGGCGCAGCGAAUUCAGCUGCCAUCCACCCACCUGCGCGACCGCGUGCCAGCGUUCGCGGACAUCGACGUUCACAUCAGCAAGGCGCACCAGAGCCAGUUCACGUCAGCAGCCAACCGCGACCAAGCGAUAAAGGAGACGUUUCCUAAACGAGAGCACGUCGACGUGGACCACGAGGGCGCGCCACGCGCCCGCUAUCUCAUGAAAGGGGACGUAUGGGCGACAGGGUCGCUACAGCGGCUCCGCAUUACGAUGGCGGAGAACUACGACGACGUGAAG